AUGAGCAGGGGGUUGGUCCGGACCGCAGCUGCGGGCACCUUACUUGGCGUAAGCAUUUACGUGGGCGCGGACGUUGCCGGUGAAUACACAACCUACUGCGCACUUCGGGAUCAGGGCCUGGCCUUCGCGAACCAGGACGCAGCGCUCGUUGCGCAAAUUGGGACGCCCUUUGAGGUUGGGCCCUGGUACAACGCCAGCAUCGGCUUUACGCAGUCGGGCCAUAUCGCAGCCAUUACGUUUCCACUCAAGGGCAUGAAGCAAAUCACCGACGUGACCGUGCGCGCGGUGCGGCGGCCCGGGCUUCCUUCUACCGCGCUGUACAAUUUGCUGGGGGGCGAGUGGAAGGUGCUUGACUGCAGCGCCAUGGCGCCACAGCCAGGGGGCUUGGUACGGCCCCGCAGCAUCAUGCCGUACCAGGCCGUACCCAAGGUACAAGACGGCACGGUGGUUGCGGUCCUGAUUACGAUACUUGCGCUGGAAGAGUGUUUCUUUGAUUGCGGUACGACUCCAUCUGUCGUACAAGUACAUACUCUUGCUCAAGUAAUGUUCGACUACCGGACUGAUGGAUGA